AUGUCUUUGACCGCGCACUCGUCGCGUCGCUGGGACGAGCUCCCUCAUGAGAUCCUCCUUCAGAUCUUGUGCUACCUUGAACCACAUCAAUUGCCUAGAUUGCAACUUGUAUCGCGAAAAUUGAGAGACGUUUGUCUUGAUGAUGAACUAUGGAAGCGGCACUGUUUUGAGCGUUCAUCAUGGUACCAUUUUCUUCAGAAUCGCAGAAAGGUCUUUGCUUCCCUACCUGACUCGUCCAUAAGUAAGGCGAGUCAAGACGACGAGGAAGACGGCUCUUUACUAGAAUUCGAUGAAUCGUCACGGAGAGACAAGGACCAUUUUGAGUUUCUUCAGGACAUGGCCAACUGGGAUCCUGCAUUCCCUGAUGAGCAUGUAUCAUGGUACGACGAGUAUAUCCAGCGUCAAGGACCAACAGCAAUCAAUUGGCUCGAAACACCGCACGCAGGACAAGGCGGAAUGGAUCAUUUCAUCGAAGUCAGAGGCAUGGCGCUCUACAGCCCCAACAACAGCAACGACGGGCUCGGCAGUUUAUUAGCUGUUUCACCACUGGACGACGGGUCUGUUUGUCUCUGGGAUAUCAAUGGUGCUAGGGGCAGGAGGGGAGGCAUCGUUGCUACGAGUCAACCGGAUAUUCUCUUUUUCGACGGCCGCGGAGAUCAAAAUACGAAGCGGUCCAAAAAGAUCGACACGGGUGUCACCGAGUGUGUCAGUGUUGACAACACUAACAAUAGGGCUGUCUUUGCAGUGCAGAGUCAUCUCAUAGAGGUUGAUCUGAAUCGUCUGCAGGUCGUCAACAGACAUUCAUUCGAGUGGUCCAUUACAACUUUAUCUCAGAUCCAGGAUGGUGUCCCUUUGACAGUCGGCACUUCACUCGGCAUUCACCUUCAAGACUUCAGAGCGCCCCAGCAACACCACGGCAAUGUUGUGGAGAGACUAGAUGUGGACAGCCCUAUGGCAGAUGGCGAUAACCCAUUUAGAGCCAUCUUUGACCCGAAUCCAUUACCGCCGUACGCCUCAUUGUCUCAGCCUACACCGACGAGUAUUCUUCAUCUGCCUCGUCCGGCUGGCGACAAUAUGGUGUCGGACGACAUUUACGUGGCGGGCAGGUUUUCCAAUAUUCUUCACUAUGACAGAAGGCAAUUCCCCAAGAUCGUGGGCUCCAUCUAUUCUGGGUCACGGCUGUCUAGUCUGGCAGCGCUGCCGUAUCCGUUUUCUACAUUGGAUCACGAAGUACGACGUCGUGGAGAGCUUUCAGCCGAUAGGGUCCACGAAUGUAAAACAUCGGGUAACGGACGAACACUAAUAGCAGGCGGAGAGUACAAGACCAAGGGUUCCCUUGAGUUAUAUGGUCUCGACACAGUAGAUCUAUCAAGCGAUGGAGCGAUGCAGCAGAACUCAACCAUGAAGAACCGCUACACAGCAGCUUCAUCCAUCAUUUUGUCGGUCAUCAACCACGGCACCAAAGUCGCAUUUUCCGACGGCGCAGGACAAAUCAAAUGGUUCGAAAGAGACGGAUACACAGAAUGUCGUCGAAUUAAGAUCGGCCACAGUGACGUCCCCACGCAAGCAUCACUCUUCGCCUCGAUGCCAGGGUCCGACGAUCUGGCGCGCAAGAUCUUAUCCACCAAGACUGGGCAGGAUCGUCCCAACGAAGAUAACGUGCUGUUCUGGACAGGCGAUAAACUGGGGAUGCUUAGUUUCACGGGCGACACGUUGUUUACACCUGAGCAACUGCAGGGUGAGCAGAAACACAGGGAUGAACAGGCGGCUGAGGAGGAACGACAGCGACAAGUUUACUCGCAGAGAAUGCGGGAAGCACUCGAGAAGCAGGCUGACGAAGUACGGUUUGUACAAGGACUUGGAUUAUAA